UGAACUCUUGGCCUCAAGUGAUCCUCCUACUUUGGCCUCCCGAAGUGCUAGGAUUAUAGGCUUGAGCCACUGUGUCUGACCCACUUUGCUUUCCUUAUUUUGCCUGGCCAUCCCUAAAAUGAUAAAUGAGUGAACAAGACCUUGACAGUGAGUGUUUCCCUGUGUUGGUUAAGGUUGCAUAGUAGUCAAAGAUUAGGUGGCCAGUAUCCAUUAAUGGAACACCAAUAUCAUAAUGCUAUUUGUGUGAGUGAUACCCUAGGUAUGGACUUUAUAAUCUAAUCUAUAAACAAUUUAAGUCCUCAACUAAGUGUCUAGAUAUGGACUUGGGCCCAAUGGUGGCAUAGUGACCUCACUCAAUCUUUUUGCUACCAGGUUUGAUCAGGCACGUUUGUCUUUACGUAUGUCAACAUAGCUGUGUAAAAAUCUGUGACUCUUAAAUGUCUUAGCUUGAUUACAUUGGUAAGAAGAGCAGCAAACCUGAAAAUAAAUAUAGAAAAUAAGUAGACAUUUUGGUAAACAGAAAAGUAGCCUAGGAGAAGAUGAUUAGUGUUUUGAGACACUAUACGUUUAAUAUUUGUAACAGCCAAUAAAACAAAAAUCCAAGAGACCUGGCUUCUUUUCUUGACCCAUCACUUGCUUAUGGUGCUACCCUGAGGAUGGGAUAGGGUGACAGGGGAGUGGGUUGUGGGGCAUUUUACUUGUCACAAAUAUUUGUUGGCCUUUAGAUUUUUUCUGUCACCUGCUUCCAUAAGAGUUUUUUAUAAUCAUUGGUUUUUUACUCUGAUGUCGCUCCGGGAGACAGGCUAUUGACAUUUUUCCAAAGCACCAAGAGAUAUGACUCGAUGGUGAUGAGUCGGGUCUUCAGCUUCUCAGGUCCUUGUGCUGUGCCCCAGGAUGUGGUUGCAGUGCUGUGAUGUGGCAGUGCUUCCUCAGUUCAGUGAUGAAAUUUAUCGAGAAGGCCCAAAGCCUGUCUAAAUAUGUCCUGAUUGACACACCUGGACAGAUUGAAGUAUUCACCUGGUCAGCUUCUGGAACAAUCAUCACUGAGGCCCUGGCAUCCUCGUUUCCAACAGUUGUCAUCUAUGUAAUGGAUACAUCUCGAAGUACCAACCCAGUGACCUUUAUGUCCAACAUGCUCUACGCCUGCAGCAUCUUGUACAAAACCAAGCUGCCUUUCAUUGUGGUCAUGAAUAAAACUGACAUCAUCGAUCACAGCUUUGCAGUGGAAUGGAUGCAGGAUUUUGAGGCUUUCCAAGAUGCCUUGAAUCAAGAGACUACAUACGUCAGUAACCUGACCCAUUCAAUGAGCCUGGUGUUAGAUGAGUUUUACAGCUCACUCAGGGUAGUAGGUGUCUCUGCUGUUCUGGGUACCGGCUUAGAUGAAUUCUUUGUGCAAGUCACCAGUGCUGCAGAAGAAUAUGAAAGAGAAUAUCGUCCUGAAUAUGAACGUCUGAAGAAAUCCUUGGCUAGUGCACAGAGCCAACAGCAGAAAGAACAACUGGAACGACUUCGGAAAGAUAUGGGCUCUGUAGCCUUGGACACAGGCAAUGCCAAAGACAGCUUAUCUCCUGUGCUGGACCCUUCUGAUUUGAUCCUGACUCGAGGAACCUUGGAUGAAGAGGAUGAGGAAGCAGACAGUGAUACUGAUGACAUUGACCACAGAGUUACAGAGGAAAGCCAGGAAGAGCCAGCAUUCCAGAAUUUUAUGCAAGAAUCAAUGGCACAGUAUUGGAAGAGAAACAACAAAUAGGAGACUUUAGGACACUUGUUCUAAGAAGUCCAAAAUUUUGGAACACCAUGUAAAGGAACUACUCUCCUUACCUGUGAUUGGGGGCUACUUUAUAAAGGACAAUUUUAGUGGCAGGCAGAUGCUGAUUCUUCUUUGGCCUUUCCCUUGUAUUUAUGCAGGGAUGGAUAUCUUGACUGUUCUUGGAAGCUGAUAUCCCUUCAAGCCUAAGACUAAGUUUUAUUAUUUGAACUCGAGUACUUUUGCUGCUCAAGUAGAGAGAGAGAACUUAGUCUCCUGGUGACCACUUUAAAUCUCUUAUUGGGCUAGAUCUAUGGCCUCUACUUCCCAGCAUCUUGCCCUCAACUCUAUAGUGUGAGUUGCCCGUUUAGCACAAAGGGAGAGGGGAAACAUGAACUUAUUCAGAGUGGCAGUGAUGUCUCCAUGGCAACCAGUCAAUGUUGGUAUGAAGUCUGCCUCAUACUGGAUACAGGACACUGGGUUUGCUGAAGAAAGUGGGCAAAACAUGAUUAAUGAAUAAGAAUCUUGUUUCAUUGGUGACUUGGAUAAAGAGUUUUUAAUUUUAA